AUGCAACCAGAUUUAGACGACCAGCUCCCUGUCUCGACACCGAAGAGACAGCGGACUAGGAAACUUAAUGGCACCACAAAUAAUCAUACCAACGGUGACGGAUCUCCAGAAAACUCGCCGUCGAAGCGAGUGAAGAGAACACCUCAAAGACCCGCCGCAGAAACACCCGCUGCCCUGAAAGCUUCCGGAUUGAAAACCCCAUCUAACCGAUCGAAAGCCAAAGCACUAUUUUCUACGCCUACAAAAGAUAACCCCGUUUCGACCCCGACAAAAGCCCGAGCCGACCGAUCUGCAAAGAAGAAAAGUGCCCAAUUGCUUCUCGAGCACGAUGAAGAGGAUAUCUGGGAUGGAGGCGCUCGAUUGGCGGAGGAGAUAUUGGCUGGUGAGGACAAUGCUCCAGCUGAAGCUGCUGCGCAAGAUGACGGCGUAGUCGAAUCGGUCGAGGCAGGCUCUGUGGAGCCGGCAACGGACAAGACAGCAGCUACACCGAAGCGUCGCGCGGGAAGACCGAAGGGUGCAAAAAACAAGCGAUCUCCAACGCCCGAGGGGGACUUGCCGGCGCACGAGAGAUAUUUUUUCCAGAACCGCGCCGGGCCUCCUCGAACAUCGAACAACAACUUGAACAAAGUGACGCUGCUAACCCACGAGGAAUAUUUUGAGAAACACGCGCAACGUCAAGAUCCAUGCAAGCGGGAGACAGCUUUCCUGAACGACCUUCAUCGCCGGUCAUUCUCACAAUGGGACUUUGAAUUUCAUCAAGGGUUCAACAUUUGCCUGUAUGGAUACGGCUCGAAGCGUCCACUUACGCAACACUUUGCGGACUGGCUCUACCGCAAGCACAGCUCUAGCCCCCCAUCCGUCGUCAUUGUCAACGGACACACCCCCAACUUGUCCAUCCGUUCCAUCUUUGCUACGAUUGUCACCGCCGUUCUAGGGGCUGACAUCCCUUCGAAAAUGGGAGCUCAGCCAAUCGAGGUGCUGGAAUUGCUGCAAUCCGUUCUCAAGUCGCGACCCUCUCAAAGCCCGAUCACCGUCUUCAUCAACUCCAUCGAUGCGCCGUCCCUUCGCCGCGCCGCCAACCAGGCCCUGCUUGCUCGGUUGGCUGCUACCCCGAAGAUCCAUCUCCUCGCAACCGCAGACACACCGAACUUUUUGUUGAUGUGGGAUAUCAGUCUCCGGGAUCAGCUCAACUUUGUCUUCCACGACUGCACUACCUUUAUCCCCUUCGAUGCCGAAUUUGAUGUAGUAGAAGAGGUUCAUAAUCUCCUUGGACGCAAGGGACGCCGUGUUGGUGGCAAAGAGGGUGUCGAGUUUGUACUGAAAAGUCUGCCAGAGAACGCGCGGAACCUCUACCGGUUACUUCUUACGGAAUUGCUAUCGCUGGCGGAUGAAUUCCAAAAUGGAGAUGACGACCUGGACGACGCUGAAGGCGCAGCAGAAGCACCGAAGGAUGAGACGGGAAUCGAAUUCCGCACGCUCUAUCAAAAGGCAUCCGAGGAGUUUAUUGCAUCUUCCGAGAUGAUGUUUCGCACUCUGUUGAAGGAGUUCCAUGACCAUCAGAUGAUAACGUCGCGGAUGGAUACGAGCGGAGGGGAGAUCCUGAGCGUCCCAUUGUCCCGCGGCGAAAUGGAAGGAGUCCUGGAGGAUCUUGUGUUAGGCUGA